AUUUGAAAAAUUUUAACAUUAGGAUACAUGCAAAAAGAAAUCAAUUGGUUCACAUUAUCUCUCUAACUCCAUGGGUUAUUGUUGCUCUAGAGAUACAGUGCUUCUAAAGCUGAUGACCUCUGGUUCUGAAUUGACUCUUGCGCUACAGUUAUGAGCAAAGUCUCCGGGUUCUUUAAGAAGACGGGUCUUAACUCAUGUAGUCGUUUCUUCACAACCACUUCUGGAUGCUUGGUGGAGGAGCCGAUUGUUCUAAGCAAAUUGAAACGAGGAACCGGUGGGAGAUCUUCAUUUAAUGGCAUGACAGUGACAGUGUUUGGUGGGACUGGGUAUUUAGGCCGGAAUUUAAUGGCACAGCUCGCUAAAACUGGGACACAGAUUAUUCUUCCAUACAGAUGUGAUCCUCAUAUGAUCAGAGAUGUAAAAGUUAUUGGAGAUCUGGGGCAAGUUUUAUUUUUGCCUUUUGAUUUGAAAGAUGAUGAAUCCUUAAGAAAAGCCAUGAAGUAUAGCGAUGUGGUCAUCAAUCUAACAGGCACAGAUUCUGACACUAGAAACUUUACUAUUGAAAAUGUACACAUUGAUGCGGCCUCACGGAUUGCAAGGAUAUCUAGAGAAUUAGGAGUCCAGCAACUGGUUCAUGUAUCUGCACUGUGUCAAAAUAAGAAUCCUCCGAAAUAUGUUCGGAAGCCCUCUCGAUAUAUGAUAUCUAAGGCAAUAGGUGAAGAGGAGGUUCUGCGUGAACGCCCAGACGCUACGAUUUUCAGACCAGCUGAAAUAUGGGGACCACAUGAUCGUUUUUUGUGCUAUUUUGCUUCAAGACCUCGGCGAUUCCAUAGAUUUCAAAAUGUUCAUAUCCCAUUAUGGGCUUGUGGCAAAAAUACGGUGAAGCAACCUGUUUGUGUACAUGAUCUUGCCCGUGGAAUUGUCAAUUCAUUGCAUAAUCCAGAGUCACUUGGACAGAUUUAUGAAGCUGUUGGUCCUCAUCGUUAUCGAUUAGAUGACAUAGUAAAGUGGAUUUAUUUCAUUUGUCGAUACUUACCUAGUGAGGUAUACAUAACUCCAAUGAACCCCUUGUUUUUGUAAGUGCCUCAUAUAUAUCAACAUAUACCAUUUAUUCAUUAUUUAUUUAUUUAUGUGAACACCUAAAUAUUGGUACAAGGGGGCACCAGAUAUAUAUGCGCCACACAAAACAAUGAGAAUGGGAAACGGAAAAAAAAGGCAAGGAGCGUAAAAGAAAAACAGGAAGAACAAUAAUGACCUGAUAGGUAGUGUAAUAGUAAUAAUGGAGGAAACGGAAAGGUACAACCAGAAGAAAUCUUUCAAUUAACGAAGAUACAACCACUUUUUAUGAAGGAAGUAAAAGAAGGUUACAGCAGGAUCUCCACCGGCUUCUAUUCUGAGCACCAUCUCUCGGACCCCAGCCAGGGAGUCGUGAAGUACCAACAGAGGCCAGCCCUUUGCAGCUUUCUUUCAUACCACGACACCAUGUCAUACACUGACUACCUCUCCGCUUUUUCCAAUCAGUCCCAGAGUCGGCGAAUAAUGCACGACGUGGAAUUCUCUGGGACGACAUUCGUAGAACAUGUCCAAGCCACCGAAGUCGGUGUUUCAAGAUGGUGACACCAAUUGCAUUAUCGUCUCUGUGCCCGAACACACGAUGCCGAACCUCUGCAUUACUAACAUGGUGUUGCCACUGGAUGUCAGCACUGCUUCGGAGACAGCGAUGAUUAAACACAGAAAGUCGUCUAACAUCCUUAACUCGGAGAGGCCAGGUUUCACAAGCAUAGAGCAAAACUGCUCUCACCGACGCGUUGUAGAUCCGACCUUUUACAGCCAGACUGACAUCACACAAAUAAAAUGAAAAUGACGAUAUUUACUAAAAAACAUAUACCAUUCUAGCUUUCUAUUUUUAUACAACAAUUUGUUCAGUACAUUUUUUUAAAAACGAGACUGUCAUAUAUGCAUAUUAUUUUUUGAAUAAUCGAUAAGAGUACUCAUAAUCAAGCUAUUAUGAUGGCGUGAUGAUAAAAUACAGAAUGAAACGGAAGUAGCCCGAUCGAUAGUUUCUUUCAUGAUACCGACUUCCUAAAGGCAAGUUUAUAGAUUUUAUGAAUCAGAACUACUGACCAAUAGACUAAGCAUGUGUUUAAAUAUUAAGGUCUUCAUUUAUGUACCAAACGCUCAGUCAAAGUAGUAUGACUAUAGUUUACUUGUUGGUUAGAAAUGAAUGAUCAAUAAUAGAAAUCGAUGUAAAUAAACAAUCCGUGACUGCUCACUUCAAGUCUGUCAUAACGUUGACUACAUUGAAUCUCAUCUGUAUACUUCGUUGAGUUCUUUAAUGCAAAUAUUUGUCGUACAGUAGUUUUAAAAAGUUUCUUUUAAAUAAUCAGUUAGUGAAUCAAACUCUUAAUAACCAUUUUGCAUUAUUUAUCACGCCAUCAUUUCAUUUAUCUUUUAUUCAGUUUGAUGUAAGAUAUUUUCCAGACGUCAUAUUUAGUGUUAUAGUGGGUAAGGCCAACUAGGUCUGAGGUUCGAAUCCCACCCCACUUCGGUUCGAGGAACUGAGUAUAGUCACUAACCAUUACAUCAAGAAUUCGGCUCGGAGCCGGGUACGCGAAUCUGUACUUGACAAGUGAAUUGCAUUAUUUUGUCCUAUCCUAUCUGAGAUUUUAUCUUCACGGUAUCUAUGAACACGGUUAGUACAGAUCUGGUAAACAUUCAUCUUUAGUGGUUUUGAGACAACUUCAUCAUUAUUUCACCUUUGCAAUGUGUAGUACCCGAUAAUGACAUUUCAUAAUCAGAAAUUAUAGAAUUAUUCUGCAUAUACUCAAUUAAGCACACAAAAUUAAUCAAUCAGAAUUUCCGAAUGCAUAGAUCAAGCUAUUGACCAAUAAGCUUGAAUUAUAACAAGCGCUGCAGACAGUUGUUUUUCUAGACAAAAAAGGGUUAAUGAAUUCUUGAAUGACUCAGGUUAUUACCUCUUAACUCUGACACUUGGAAUCUGAAAUCGACUGACGUUUUUGUCUAUAAAUUAUAGUUGCCAAAUAUUCUGCAAUAUAUAAGUGAUACUUAGGAAGUUUCCUCAAUUGUAUUAUUGUGUAUCAUAUUUUUAAUAAAUAACCGUGAUUUAUCUCGUACACUAGCAUAAAUUUGGUAAUUUUAUUUUAAAAUUGGCUUAGGAUAACAACUAGAGUUUAGAUUUCGUAUAGAUGGUUGCAUACCUAGUAUAGUUCAUAAAAUUUUCGAACCUUUAAAGCAAUAUUAUGUUAGGAAGUAGUGUGUUUAAAUAUAUAAUUUAAGUACAGUGGUAGAAAGAUCUAUGUGUCAGAUAUGAUGACAAUUUUUCGGCAUUAUUCAAGACUAGGUAAGUGUCUACGGACGUGUAUUGAGUUCAGUAAUGACAUUUCAUGUGAUUGACAGCUGGUUUUUAUUGAUUCUUUGAUUUAUAUAUCAGCUACGUUAAAAAAAGUGAAACGGUUGACGGCAUUUCUAACCUUCUUUGUUAGUUAUGUUUGCACUAUAUUCAUUAAUCAGUGAGUGCUUGCUUUUGCAAAUAGUACGGUCUUGUUGCUUGUAGCCGAAAUCAAACAGAUGAGGUGAGUAGUUAAUAUUCGAGACGUUAUUCUCUGCAAAAUUUGAUAUUCUUCACGUCACGUUUUGUGGCUUGGUACUUUAAAAAAUUUAUCAGCGAAACUAGUUUUUGACAAUUUUUUGUCGUUUUGACUUCGGGAAUUGCAGUGAAUCUUCAUUCACUGGUCAAAAAAUUACUGCAAUAAUUGCUAGCCAUCAUUCACCUAGGUUAAAAACUGUCUGUCAGAGUGAAUUAUGUUUAUAGGAAUUGUCUUAUCAUUUGUUGUCCACUUUCUUUGAAUCACUCCAUCAAUUAUUUUCCGUUUUACUGUUCUGUCUUUAUGUUAAAAUUUAUUCGUCUUAUCUACAUUUUACGCAGAGCCCGAACAUACAUCUAUGAACAUACUGCUCCCGUUUAUUCCUACCUUACAUUUGAACGGUUAGAGAGAGAAUGUGCUACGGAUAUUUUAUCUGGUUGCCCAACACUUGAUGACCUUAAUGUCAAGCUAAGCAAAUUGGAGGACCACAUUAAUCAUAUUGUAUUUCUUUACCGCCGGCAGCAUUUCUAUUGGGAAGCUAUUGGUGAAUUUCCGGAACCACCUCCUCCCCCUAUCCAAUCCCAAUAAGUUUCUGCUUAAUUUGAAUUUAAUAUCUAGAAUUCAUAGUGUGGUAUUGUUGUUUGAGAAAUAAAUAUAUACAAACAAUCACUCAACAUUAAUGCAAAAUUUAAAAUUGCCUAAUCAGUUUAUAAAGAUGGGUGGUAAUGUAAUUAUAGAAAUCUAGACUUGAACAUGGACCAGUUAAAUAUUAGCGAAAUAAUUGUGACCAGCGUUUGGUAGCGGAAGCAAAGCGGACGGUAAAAGCAAUAGUGAUACGUAACCUUCAGCAGUUGUUUUUACUCAUCGAAGUAUCAGGCAUAAGCGAGUUGGCUGUCAGUAACAUUAUUUCAGGAAAAAUGAAAUUGAGGUUCCUUGUCAGCUCAAUGGAUGAGGACGACUGGUAAGUUACUUUUUGGGAUAGCCUGACCUCCAGUUACUAUUUCUAACUAAAGGGGUUAAGGGAUCGUCACAACCAAUCUCCAGCAACUGUAGGGAAUUGUGUUUGGCUGAAUCUCUUAAUCAGACGUCAGGGUUUCCUUGAG